AUGUCGAUUCAAACCAGAGGAUUACGAGAGGAAUACGUUCCAUUACACGAAAUCAAAAGACCAAUCCCACCCGUAUUGGAUUAUCAAAAAAUAGAUGCAAUGGUUUCUACAUUGAAAGGAGUGCCCAUGGGAUCAGCUACUUGCAAAGUUGAAGAUAUAACUGAAGGUGAACUACCCCCAAUUGAUGUUUUUAAAAUUAGAGAUAAGGGUAAAACUUAUUACUUUGCCUUUGGCGGAUGUCAUAGAUUUCAGGCAUAUGAUAGACUAAGCCAAGGUGAUGGUGGGAGCAAGGAGAUAAUGGUCAAGAGCAGGAUAAUUCCUGCAACCAAGAAGACGUUGGAAUUGUACUUGGGCUCAUCUGUCCAGGUGAUGUUUGCCGAUAUGGAGAAGCAAGAAGAGGAAAAACAGACUCUGUAG